AUGCAUCCUCUGCCAAUAGUACUUGUUCCAACCCACGACCACGAAGAGUCACACCGAAUCCAGUGGAUAAAAUCAAAGUUAAAUCCACUACUCACUCCACUUUUAAAAUUACUCUCGAAUGGUGAGUUUUAUCUAAAUUACAGCAGUAUCAAAAGCAGAAAGAAAAGCCGAGGUGAAAAAAAAGAACCGAGUUACUGGAAUGAAGCAGUUUUAACAAUCCUAACAACACAAUUACUACCAGCGUCACGCAUAUGCGACGUUCCAAUGUGCCUACUUGAGGUAAACCAAAGUGCAAGACAAACAGAUUGCUCGAAUCCAAAACAGAAAAACGCACAAAAAUUGGGUGUUAAAAAUUACAACACAUGUUGCUAUAUGACUGAACUACAUUAUGCCAUCAUCUUACAAUGGCCUUUCUCAAAAUGUUCAAAAUGUUUGAAAUUUGCAUACGGCGCGCUUUAUUCUAUCAUAUGCAAAAAUAGGCUUCUAAAUGAGCUAUUUCACACCACUACUUCAUAUUUACUGUCCACACGUCACAAAUCAAUAUUACGAUAUGGAGGUAAAAUACAAAAAAUUCAAAAAAUAUGUUUUGCUUUAAUUCAUUUUUUAUUAACAAGUGUGUGUGGUUAUUUUGACUUCACUUCUCAAGGCGAAGUUUUGGAAUGA